GUCAAUUACGUUCGUACCACGAGGAAGCGGACUUUUAAGCGCGACUUUACGAAUGUCUUGAAGUGCUUUGUGCGGAGACAUUUUUAGUUGAUAGUGUGAGAUUUAACUUAUAACAAUGCCACCCCAAAAUUGGGUGGUCAAGUGUCUGACUAUAGCAAUAGUUAUAUUGGAAAGUAAAGGAAAUAACGGAGUUUAUUCAAGAAAUCACACAGACUUCGACAGAUAUGCAAGAAAUCAACAUAACCCAGAAUCAUUGCCUCCCUUAACACCUGGAGGACCCAAUGUCUGCAGAACGAGAUACAAUAGAGCCCAAUGUUGUUCUGGAUGGCAACGAGACAGUCUAUUUGGAUUGUGUAUAAAACCGAUAUGUAGGCCCUGCGGUUCCGGCAAAUGUGUGCAACCGAAUGUGUGCAUGUGCGAGGGCGGACGCAAAUCCUCGUCGUGCAGUCAAAACUAUAAACGAGGACCCGGAUCAUGCAGGGCAAUAUGCAUGAAUGGAGGAACUUGUAUUGAAGGAAAGUGUACCUGUUCCCCUGGGUACACAGGAGAAUUUUGCACUGAUCCAAUAUGUUUGGAUCCUUGCAAGAAUGGAGGAAGAUGUAUCGGACCUGAUAGAUGUGCGUGCAUGUAUGGAUUCGCCGGAAGCCAUUGUGAAGUAGAUUAUAGAACUGGUCCGUGCUAUAGUGGUGUUAAAGGUGCCUUAUGCGUUAAUCAAUUGGAGGGAGUGGUGUGUACAAAAACAUUAUGUUGUGCAACUGUAGGAAAAGCAUGGGGCCAUCCUUGCGAACAUUGCCCUUCCAGACUGGAAUGCGAAACUGGGUUUUUAAAGAAUCAAAAAACUGGAGAAUGUGUAGAUAUAAAUGAAUGCGAGGCGAUUCCCCAUCUGUGCCUCGGCGGUCAGUGUGUCAAUACAAUCGGCUCCUUUACUUGCGACUGCCUGCCGGGACAAGCCCGGAAUCCGGACACAAACAGAUGCGACGACCGGAACGAGUGUGAGGACGAGAACGUUUGCCGAGAUGGACGCUGUGUCAAUACGGACGGAGCGUUUUUCUGUCUUUGCAAUCCGGGAUUCAUACAAAGUCAGGACAAAAAGUUUUGCAUCGAUGGACGACAGGGACUUUGUUAUACCGAUAGGUCUCCGCAAGGGUAUUGCCAGAACAGUUUACACAUGAGACUAUCCAAAAAAGACUGUUGCUGUGGCGUCAACAUGGGCAGAGGUUGGGGAGACGAUUGUUCACCGUGUCCGGAAUACGGCGAAGACGAGCACAGACAAUUAUGUUCUGGGCCAACUCACUACGAGCCCGGAAGUCCGGGGCACGAGGGACCCUCGAUUUAUCCGGCAGACAACACAAGAGAUUCGCAUCACAUGGACCAUGUGGGAAUGAUUACGAUAAACGAGUGCAUUUUGCGGCCGGACAUUUGCGGUAGGGGCCGUUGCGUGGAUACGCACGACGCCUAUAAUUGCAUUUGCGAUGAUGGAUUCAGAAGCGGGCCCAAUAAACAGUGUGAAGAUAUUGACGAGUGUAGGGAAGGUAAAUGCCAAAACGGCCGAUGCACCAACACACCUGGAAGUUUUGUAUGCGAAUGUGCUCAUGGUUUCGAUGUUUCUCCAGACGGUACUCUUUGUACGGAUCAUGACGAAUGUGCUGAAAUCGGUAUGUGCACCAAUGGAAUAUGUACAAACACUGACGGAAGUUUUCGAUGUCAGUGCAAGAAUGGCUUUAAAUUGUCACCAACUGGAUUUGCGUGUGUAGAUAUCGACGAAUGUGAUGAGAAUUCCAGAAUAUGUUUAAACGGUCGUUGUGAAAACACCCAAGGUUCUUAUACCUGCGCCUGUUUCCCUGGUUUUGUCGAAUCCAGCGAUAGAACUUUCUGCAGCGAUUUGGACGAAUGUGCUACGACAGGCAUGUGCGACCACGGAAAAUGCAUCAACAUGGAAGGAUCAUUCCGCUGUGUUUGCGACUCAGGAUAUAGAUUAGGUCCCGAUGGAAAACAUUGUGUCGAUAUAGAUGAAUGUGCAAGCAAUCCCUGUCAAUUCGGAACAUGUUACAACGCACCUGGUAGUUUUAGAUGCGAAUGCUUUUCCGGCUUUAGUUUGGGACCAGAUGGUCGCUCUUGCCUCGAUACCAGAAGGGAUUUGUGCUACCAGGAGUACCGCGACGGGCUUUGUUUCAAUCCGUCGACAACCGCCGUCACGAAAUCAAGUUGUUGCUGUUGCACCAUCAUUUCCAACAAACCUAUGGGUUGGGGUACUGGAUGCCAGGCAUGUCCCAUGCCUGGCACUACAGAUUUUGAUUCGUUGUGCCCCCAUGGUCCAGGUUCUACGUUCGAUGGAAACGAUAUUAAUGAAUGUGCGCAAAAUCCAAACAUAUGCCAAAAUGGCGCCUGCGAAAAUAUGAUAGGUACAUAUCGAUGCAUCUGCAAUCCAGGUUUCGAAGUCGACGACACUGGAAAGAUUUGUACUGAUAUUAACGAGUGCGAAGUGGAGGAACUGGUUUGUAACGGCGGUCAAUGUAGAAACACCCCAGGCAGUUUUCAAUGUAUUUGUCCACCUGGAACGCAAUUAAAUCAACAGAAUUACAUGUGCGAAGACGUAGAUGAAUGUAGAGAACUGGGACCAGAGGCCUGCUUUAACGGCGAAUGCGUAAAUGUUCUAGGAUCAUACAGAUGCGAUUGUGAUCCUGGAUCUAUAUUGGAUUCCACUGGAAGGAUUUGCAUAGAUAACAGAAAGGGAUCCUGUUGGACCAAACUUAACCAAGGACGAUGCGAAAAUAAUUUGCCACUUUUAAGCAGAAGACAGGAGUGCUGUUGUUCCAUUGGUGUCGCAUGGGGAUCGCCUUGUGAAAGAUGUGACAGAAGUAUAUGCGACUGUCCCAAAGGUUACGCCAAAGCUAAUGGAAAAACUUGCGAAGAUAUUAACGAGUGCGACUUAAAUCCCGACAUUUGUGGAGAUGGUGGCAUUUGCGUCAACACCGAUGGCAGCUUUACUUGCACUUGUCCGCCAGGAUUGACUUUGGACGAAACAAGAACCCAUUGCUUGGAUAUACGCCAAGAACAAUGUUUUACAAGAUACAAACACGGUAAGUGCUCAAAUCCAGUCGAUGGCCUCUUUCAUAAAAACCUAUGCUGUUGCUCGUCAAUUGGGAAAUCAUGGGGAGAAAAAUGCGAAUCUUGUCCAAGACCGGGAACUCCAGCUUUCCAAAAACUAUGCCCCAAAGGCGCUGGAUACCUGGACAAAAAGGAUAUCAACGAAUGCACAGAUUUCCCAGGCAUGUGCCAAAAUGGUAGAUGUAAAAAUACAAUUGGAAGUUACAGCUGCAGAUGUAAUAAGGGUUAUGAUUAUGAUGAUAGCAGAAUUAAAUGCAUUGAUAUUGAUGAGUGCAGUAUUACAACCAGCAAUGUUUGUGGUAACGGGGUUUGUAAGAACAUACCCGGAGACUUUUACUGCGAAUGUAAUGAAGGUUUUAGAACCAUGGCGCCAAUGCAAGUAUGCAUGGAUAUAAAUGAGUGUGAUGAAAUCUCUGGACUAUGCAGAGGAGGCAGAUGUAACAACACCGAAGGAUCGUACAAUUGUAUUUGCCCGAUUGGUCACGAAUUGGCACCAGAUAAAGAAUCCUGCAAAGAUAUUGAUGAAUGUUCUAGAACCAGUGGUAUAUGUUCCAAUGGUGUCUGCGAGAAUAUGAUGGGUACAUACCAAUGUAUUUGCAAUGAGGGAUAUCAACAAACUGGAUUAAAAUCCCACUGCGAAGACAUUGAUGAGUGUGAAACGGAACCAUGUGAUGAUGUUUGCAUUAAUACGCCGGGUAGCUUCACAUGUGCUUGUGGACCUGGAUAUUCGCUAAUGUUAGAUGGAAGAACAUGCGAGGAUGUUGAUGAAUGUAAAGACAAUCCUAGGAUUUGUAAUGGAGGAAAAUGCACUAAUAGUAUUGGUAGUUAUAUUUGUCACUGCACAGCAGGAUUGGUACCUGGGCGAGAUGGAACUUCUUGUGUUGAUAUCGACGAAUGCAAGCAGAACCCACACAUCUGCGGGAAUGGGGAAUGUAUUAAUACGUUGGGUUCAUUCCAAUGUAGAUGCGAGGAAGGUUAUUCCGUAAAACCAGAUGGUGGACCUUCGUGUACUGAUGAUGAUGAAUGCUAUUUGGGAACUUACAACUGCCAUGAAUAUGCGGACUGCAUUAACAACCCUGGUUCCUUCUUGUGCCGAUGUCAAGACGGUUUUACAGGAAACGGCAUCAGUUGCAGAGAUAUUGACGAGUGCGUUACUAACAACGGUGGCUGUAACCAAAACGCCCGUUGCGUGAACAAUGACGGUUCAUUCAAGUGCGAAUGCGAUUCUGGAUUUAAAGGGGACGGUUACAGCUGCGAAGACAUCGACGAGUGUGCGAACGAUCCGAGCCUUUGCGAGAACGGCCAGUGCCUUAAUUUUCCCGGUUCGUUUAGAUGCGAGUGCGAGAUGGGCUUUAUGCAUCCUGACGAAGGAAACCAACAGACCUGCGUGGAUAUAAACGAAUGCGAUAUGUUUAAUAACCUGUGCGUAUUUGGCAAGUGCGAAAAUACUUUCGGAAUGUUUAGAUGCGAGUGUAGGGAUGGUUAUAAACUCGACGGCACUGGCGGAAACUGCACUGAUAUUGACGAGUGCGAAAGUCCACAAUCUUGUUUGUAUGGAUCAUGCUCUAACAUACAAGGAAGUUUUAAGUGUUUAUGCCCACCCAAUUAUGAGCUCGUCUCGGAAGGAAACGCCUGCAUAGAUCGUCGUACCUCGAGAUGUUACUUACAUACUGAUCCAUAUGGCAAAUGCGAGGCUCCUACGGCGGAUUACGUUACUAAAGCGUCAUGUUGCUGCUCUGUGGGAAAAGCUUGGGGAAACAAUUGCGAACAUUGCCCAGCCCAUGAUACCAAGGAAUACGAAAUUUUGUGUCCAGGAGGAAUGGGUUAUAAACCCAACGACCUAACUGUCGUGUUGGAAGAUAUAAAUGAAUGCGAAGAGCAUGAAAAUAUUUGUCAAAAUGGUCACUGUACCAACACUUUUGGAAGUUUUAUGUGUUCUUGCAACGAAGGAUUCAGAUUGGAUGAGACUGGUUACAUGUGCAUUGAUAUUGAUGAAUGUGUUGAAACACCAGAUAUUUGUAACGUUGGACAAUGUGUGAACGAACCAGGAAAAUACUAUUGUCAAUGUCCAGAAGGUUAUAUGCCUUUACCUGGUCGGAGGGAAUGUGUGGAUAUGAGAAAGGACCUAUGUUUCCUGGAUUACAACAGAUGGCGUUGUUCCACACCCAUGACUCAAAAUCAAACGAAAAAACUGUGUUGCUGUUCGAUGGGACAAGCAUGGGGUCAACCAUGCGAACCAUGUCCAAUUCCAGGCACCAGUGAGCACAUAAGACUAUGCGGAGCCAGACCGGGACAAAUAAUCAACCCUCUCACGAACCAAACUCAAGAAAUCGACGAGUGCGAGAUGAUGUCGACGAUGUGUAAACACGGACAGUGCAUCAACACGCCUGGCAGUUUCGAGUGCCACUGUAACCGCGGUUACAUCUACGACGUGCAAUCGCAUCAGUGUAUCGAUGACAACGAAUGUCUUCGGAACCCGUGCGAAGGAAACGCCCAGUGUAUAAAUCUGCAGGGAAGCUUUGAAUGCAAAUGCCCGGAAGGCUAUAAGCACGGCCAAACGUUCGUGGACUGCGUUGACAUAAAUGAGUGUCAUGAGAGACCGCAUAUAUGUCAAAACGGUGAAUGCAAAAAUCUUCAAGGCAGCUUCCAAUGUGUUUGCCAUACUGGGUACUAUCUCUCCCCGACUCGUGAGGAUUGCGUGGAUAUCGAUGAAUGUGCCAGACAGCCAAAUAUUUGCAAUAACGGAACGUGCAUUAACGUACAUGGGUCGUUUAAAUGCCACUGCAAUAAUGGGUUCAAACUAAGCAACAAUAACGAUUGUGAGGAUGUGGAUGAGUGUCGCAUGAUGCCAUUCCUGUGCAGAAAUGGUAGGUGCAGGAAUAACAUCGGCUCAUUUUCCUGCGAAUGUCAUAAAGGAUACACUCUGGCUAUAGACGGGCAUAAUUGCAGGGACAUUGAUGAAUGUCAAGAAGGAAACAACAUCUGUCCUGCGCCAGGUAAAUGCACCAACGUCAUGGGCUCGUAUGUAUGCACUUGCCCAGAAGGAUACCAACUCAGUCCCAUUACCGGGCAUUGCGAGGAUAUCGACGAGUGCGUGGUAAAUCCUGGUAUCUGCGAGAAUGGCGAAUGCGUUAACGUUGACGGAGGCGCUUUUUGCACUUGCCCUGAUGGCUACAUCUUGGAUAAGAACUCAAUGAAAUGCAUCGAUGUCAGAAAGGAGCAAUGUUACGAUACUUUUAACAGAGGACAGUGCCAAGCGGCGCGUGGAAUGCAGAUGACUGUUAAAGAAUGUUGCUGCUCUAAAGGAAAGGCUUGGGGAAGAUACUGUGAAAGUUGUCCAUUCGAAGGAAGCAACGAAUUCUUGAAGAUGUGUCCCGAAGGUGCAGGUCGCGAAGACUCCGGUACAGACCUAAACGAAUGCGAAUUAAUGCCAGAUGCUUGCGAAGGCGGUGAGUGUGUUAACACUGACGGUUCCUUCAGAUGUGACUGUUCCGUUGGAUACACCCUGGACGAGACCCAAAGAAAAUGCGUGGACGAAAAUGAAUGCUACUCGAACCCAAGCAUAUGCGGAAACGGUACCUGCUCAAACGUACAAGGUGGAUUUGAAUGUAACUGCAAUGAAGGAUUUGCCUCAGGACCCUUACAAGUGUGCGAGGACCUAAACGAAUGUCACGAAAUAGGAAAUCAAUGCGCGUUUAGAUGCCACAACGUGCCGGGCUCUUUCCGUUGCAUUUGCCCGUAUGGUUACGCGCUGGCGCCAGAUGGCAGGCAUUGUCAAGAUGUCGAUGAAUGUAUAACUCCGGCCAACAACUGCAAAUUUCAGUGCAAAAACCUAAUAGGGUCCUUUAUGUGCAUAUGCCCUGAAGGAUACGUUCAAGUUCCUUUGACUGACGAUUGCCGGGAUAUUAACGAAUGCGCCGUCGACGAGAACAUCUGUCAAAACGGACGUUGCAUUAAUCUACAGGGUGGAUACCGAUGCGACUGUUUUGAUGGAUUCGAGUCAAGUCCCGAUGGAAAGCGAUGCGUUGAUAAAAGAUUGGAUCUUUGUUACCGCACUUUGAUACAUGGAAGGUGCGCAAACCAUCACAAUCAAUUGAAACAGGUCACCAAAGCGGAUUGUUGCUGUUCUAUGGGCGAAGCUUGGGGUCAGAGUUGCGAACACUGCCCGCCUAAAUUCUCGCCGCAAUAUCAAGAAUUGUGUUUGGAGAGCGGAUUUUUGGUUACAGGAGAAGAUGUUAACGAGUGCGAGACAAUCCCAGAUUUGUGCAAAAAUGGACAAUGCAUCAACACAAUGGGUUCCUACAGGUGCAUCUGCAACAAAGGCUAUAAGCCGGAUUACUCCGGACAAUUUUGUUUAGAUGUAAAUGAAUGCGAGCAAAAUCCGUGUCAAUAUAACUGCCAGAAUACAGAGGGCAGCUACAUUUGCUCGUGCCCUGCUGGUUUUAUACUGAAUCCCGAUACGCACACCUGCAGGGAUUUGGACGAAUGCGAGACCGGACAGCAUAUUUGCCAACAAAACUGUCACAACACGCAGGGAAGCUACACAUGCUCGUGCGACAAGGGAUACAAGCAAAUUGGCGACAAGUGUCAAGACAUAAAUGAGUGCACCGAAGACCCAGGCCUGUGCCCGAAACCGGGCAAGUGCCACAACACCUACGGCAGCUUCAGGUGCAUCUGUCCGCGCGGCUUCAAGCUCGAUUCCUCGGGAACUUACUGUCUGGACGCGGACGAGUGCCUCGACGACACUAAGUGCUCCGAAGGGUGCCAGAACUUGGUGGGCGGCUACAAGUGCGGGUGUCCGGACGGAUACGUGCUACAUCCCUACAUUAAUCAAUGCGUCGACGAUAAUGAGUGCGCAAACAGCCCCUGUGGCGGAACGGGCAAUUGCGUCAACACGCCCGGAAGCUACCGGUGCGGUUGUGCUAACGGGUUUCAAUUCGACAAUCGCAUCAACCUUUGCAUACAGUCUUCUAUGGGUUGCCAAGGAGCACCGUGCGCCUUCGGUUGCAAUCCUCUAGGGAACGCAGGAUUCUCCUGCGGAUGUCCUGCAGGAUACCAGAGCAUUGCUCAAGGUCAUUGUAUCUCGACGAUAACUCCAUCCUCCGGAUACGGCGAAGAUAUAGGAAACGUGCCGGUGUAUGAGAUUAACGACAAUCAGGCCGCUAAGUCUGUAUCGAAUGACAAACUUAUUACGUCCGAAGGAUGCUUUUCUUGUAAAAUAAAUGGAAGACAUAGAAGGGACUCUAAACAUCACAGAGUAGGAAGAACAAAACGUAAUAGUACAGUGGAGCAUCUUUUUGGAAUUGAAUCUGAAACUAAAAUUAUGAAAAUCAGAAAUAGAAGACACCACGAAACUGAAUAUGUCGAAAUUAAAAUUGCCUUGGCUCAAACUAAACACAGAUUACGGAUAAUUAAAAUUCAACCUUCUGUAAAGAGAGAAAUGCUCUAUAAUAUUGUGAAAGGAAACGAAACCAACAAGUUUGAGCUGAAGAAGAACCACGGUGUCUGGGCGUUGCACUUUAAACGAAGACUGAAGAAACCCGAAACCUUUGAUUUGUUAAUCCAUGGGAAACCCGUCGAUAAGCAUGUAUCCGAAGAAAAGGACUUGUACGAGAAGCCGUUAACCUUAAGUGUACGAAUUUCUGUGGUCGAGUAGCUUUUAAAUAUACCUACUUAGGUAGAUUUUUAUUUAGGUAAAUUUACAUUUACAUUUUUUACAAUUCGCGCGUGCCUAAAUUUUUCGAAUAACAAUGUUUAUUGUGAUAAGUCGACAUUGCCAUAUUUCCAUACCCACUGCCAAAUUUUAUUGUGUUCUUUUUACUGCCAUUUGAAUUGUUACUUUUUUGGUUUGUGUUCAUAAAUUAAUACUUUUUAAUUACGUUUUAUAUAAGUUUAUAACGUGUUCUUGUUAAUUAAUAAUUUUGGAGUAUUAUAGAAUCAUAGUGUAUAUUAGUUUAUCCACAUUCAUUUUGUAAUACAUAGCUAUAUUUAUAUUAUUUGUAUAGAUAUUUUUAAUUAGUUACCUAUUAAUAAAUAAUUUGU